AUGGGACGCCGUAACCCCUAUGAACCAGCUGGCCCUCAGCUCCACCACGCUCUUCAACAAAACCCAAAUCUUCGCCAAGCAUCUUAUCAGACACCUAUGCAACUCAGACGAUCCCCAUAUAGACCCCAGCCACCUUCUUCACCAAUGUUAGGAAGGGCCCUGCAAAACCCGCAGAUGAUGCAGGCAUCUUACCGUCUGCCAGAUGGAACCUUGGUGUCACCAUACCUAGAAACACCUUCCUCCCCAAUGCUCGGACAUGCCUUGCAAAACCAACAAGUCCGUGGAGCCUCGUACACCUUGCCUGAUGGAUCAGUAAUCAGGGACCCACGUGUACCCCAGAAGCCCAUGUCUCCUAACCUCUCAAAAGCUCUACAGAACCAGGAUCUCAGGCGUGCUACAUACACCCUCCCUGAUGGCACCAUUAUCGACCCUAGACAACAAGCUCUCAAUAACGCAGCACUGAAAGGAGCUUCUUACACCCUCCCAGAUGGAACUAUUAUAGUAGACCCAAGGAAGCCCAAAAGCCCCAACUUAACCGCUGCCCUGCAGAAUCCUUAUCUAAAGGGUGUCUCUUACACACUGCCAGAUGGAACCAUCAUCAUUGACCCACGAAAACCAACUGCCCCUGACCUAUCUAAAGCUCUUGCAAAUGAGAACCUUCGCAAUGCUUCAUUCCAGCUCUCUGAUGGUUCCUUGGUUAUUCCAGGCCAGAAGCCAUCCACUCCUAACCUUACCGCUGCCCUGAGGCACAACCAGGCAAUGCGGUCUACAGGACUUUAUAAUCUGUCACAGAAUUCUGUAUUCUCUGGUGCCCCAAAACCAUCCACUCCAAACAUUAGCCGUGUACUGAAGAAAGACGACUUUCAAGGUGUCCAGUUCAGGUUGCCAGAUGGCUCUCUUCUCACCCGUCGGUUCCACAACCCAAGCCUGUCUAAUGCCAUCCAAAACCAGCAGCUUCGCUAUGCCUCAUACAGGGUGCCAAUAGGCUUGCAGGGAGAGGAUAAUCGCUAUGCUGUGGUUCCACCCUAUGGGCCUAGCUCAGGACACUGGGCUAGGAAUGCUUGUGGUGGAGGGGAAGGAGGGGAAGAUGUUUGGGCAGCUGAGAGGGUUUUACCACACGGGACGGUUCAGAAUCUGUCAAAGUGGUCCAUGUACAGAGAAGAUGGGGUGUUGGAAGGAUAUUCACCUACACCUCGAGGUGUGGAUGGACAGCCUCUGGACACAAACUGGACUCCUGAGAGAGAGAGAGUACCUGGUCAAAGCUGGUAUGACAAGAUCUACUCUAUCCUUAGCAUGCCCACAACAGGCCACAGGGUGAAAAACUGGGCAGAGGGAAUGGAGGACAUGACACAGCUGCCUGAGCUGAAUGAGACCACAGUUCUGAUGAACCUGAAGAAGCGUUACGACCAGGAACUUGUAUAUACUUAUAUCGGCAGCAUCUUGGUGUCUGUGAAUCCCUACAAGCUGCUGAACAUUUAUGGCACAGACAUGGUGCUUCAGUACGAGGGCCACGGCCUGAGUGACAACCCUCCUCAUCUUUUUGCCAUUGCUAAUCUCUCAUAUACUACCAUGAUGGAUGCCAAAAAGGAUCAGUGUAUUGUGAUCAGUGGAGAAAGUGGGUCAGGAAAGACUGAAGCCACUAAACUGAUCCUGCGUUACCUGACAGCCAUACAUCACAAAAGCAACGUCACACAACAGAUAGAGAUCCUAGAGGCCACGCCCCUGCUGGAGUCUUUUGGGAAUGCCAAAACAGUGCGCAAUGACAACUCUUCCCGUUUUGGCAAGUAUACACAGAUCUUCAUGGAGGGGGGUGUUAUCAGCGGUGCCAUAACGUCUCAGUACCUUUUGGAGAAGUCUCGAAUCGUCUUUCAGGCCAAAUCAGAAAGAAACUAUCACAUCUUCUACGAGAUGUUGGCAGGUCUUCCUCCUCAUGAGAAGAGCGCUCUGUAUCUGCAGGAGGCUGAGACUUACUACUAUCUGAAUCAGGGAGGGGAUUGUACCAUAGAGGGCAAAGAUGAUGGGGAGGACUUUAGGCGUCUGCUGAGUGCCAUGGACAUCCUAUGUUUCACCCCAGAGGAGCUAAACGGCAUCUACAGGCUGUUGUCCUCUGUCCUCCAUCUAGGGAAUGUCUACUUCCAGCCACAUCAGGCCGAGGGUCAGGAGGUUGCGUCGGUAGUAAGCGCUCAGGAGCUCCGAGUGGUCGCCGAGCUACUGCAGGUCUCACCUGACGGCCUGCAGAAGUCUUUCACCUUCAAGAUGACUGAUACAGUAAGAGAGAAGAUCCUCACUCCGCUUACAGUUGAGAGUGCUGUGGAUGCCAGAGAUGCCGUUGCCAAGAUCCUCUACUCGCUGCUGUUUAGUUGGCUGACAGAGCGCAUCAACGGAAGGGUCUACCCUCGCAACGAAGCCCUCUCUAUCUCCAUAUUGGACAUUUAUGGGUUUGAGGAGCUACAGGUGAACAGUUUUGAGCAGCUGUGCAUCAACUAUGCCAACGAAACUUUGCAGUUCUACUUUAACAGGGUCAUCUUCCAGGAGGAGCAGGAGGAGUACAUGCGGGAGCAGAUCCAGUGGCAGCAGCAGCCCUUCAGCCACAACCAGGCCUGCCUUGACCUCAUUGCUGCAAAGCCUCAUGGGAUACUGCGUAUACUGGACGAUCAGUGCGGUUUCCCUCAGGCAACGGACCACACUUUCCUUCAGAAGUGCCACUAUCACCAUGGAAAUGACCCGCUGUAUGCCAGGCCAAAGAUGCCACUGCCAGAGUUCACACUGAAUCACUACGCUGGGAAGGUCACAUAUCAGGUACACAAAUUCUUGGAUAAGAACUUUGACAUGGUCCGCCAGGAUGUGUUAGACCUCUUCAUCCAAAGCAAGAACAGAAUGAUAUCUAGCCUCUUCCUGAAGCACUCAGAGUCCGUGUCUCAGCAGCGGUCUAACGUGCGGCGCAGCAGCGCAGCUCGCCGUUACCAGGCCAACACGGUCAGCUCAAAGUUCCAGGGCAGCCUGCAGGAGCUGCUGGAGAAGAUGGAAAGGUGUAACCCUUAUUUUGUGCGAUGCAUCAAACCAAACCAUCAUAAGGAGCCAGGGGGGUUUGACAUGAAGCUGGUCAACACUCAGCUACAUUACUCUGGUAUCAUAGAGACCAUCCAUAUCAGGAAGGAGGGUUAUCCAAUCAGAUUGCACUUUCACAGCUUCCUAUCAAGGUAUAAAGCCCUGCUCUGCCUGAAGGAUCCUCCACCUGCAGACGGAGAAAACUGUGUCAUCAUGCUCCACAGGCUCGGUCCAGUCAAGAGUGGCUCGUACCAGCUGGGAGUCAGUAAGAUUUUCCUGAAGGAGGAGCUGUAUCAACUGUUGGAGGGGAAGCGUGACCGUUUACUGAACAUUGCCGCCAUGACGCUGCAGAGAUACAGCCGUAUGGUUUUUGUCCGGAAAAACUUUAAGAAGUUCAGGUGGCGUGUGACCCUGUUUGAGGCUUGCUGCAAAGGCUACCUUGCCAGAAAGAGGUUUGGGCUUAGGAGGAAGUACCUCAUCAGGUUUCGCUCCGCCGUGCUGCUCAUCGUCAACCGCCAGCGCUGCAUGAGGGAUCGCAUCAACAGAGAAGUGGUGAAUGUGACAACAUUGCCUAUCCCUGCUGAGCUAGCAGCAUUGCUACAAGCCGCGUCAGGCGGCGAGGAGCUGCAUUCGGACUGCUUGGCUGUGGUCCAGGCUCCAAAGGUUCAGGUUGACCCCCAGCUGACCCUGCCCCUGGACAUCAACAACUACCUCAUGACACACUACAUAAGGGCCAUAUUUCGGGAGCCGUUGUUUGGGAUGCUGACAGCCCCGCUGGAGAGUACUCUGAUUAGAAUGGAUGAGGAACUAAAAGAAGGAGCCCUGAAUGUUUUCAUCCUGAUAUUAAGAUUUAUGGGUGACCCUGACUUGAAUGGGGCUCAGGAGAAUCUGUUUGGGAACUACAUCAUCCAGAGAGGACUUGCCAAUCCCAACCUCCGGGAUGAAAUCCUGGCUCAGGUAGCCAAUCAGGUUUGGAGGAAUCCUAACAUUUUGAAUUCAGAGCGUGGUUGGCUUCUACUCUCUUCCUGUCUCUCUGCCUUUCUGCCCUCUCAAAGACUGGCCAAGUACCUGCUCAAAUUUGUGUCUGACUACGGGCCGGAGGGCUACGACUGUGUGUGUCAGCAUCGUCUGCUUCAGGCUCUGCAGCGGCUGAAUGUUGGGCCGGAGUACGUCAGGACGUACCCGCCCUGUCUCCUCGAGUGGACCGCCAAUCGCAAGAGAGCUCACACUGUUCUGCACAUACACUGCUUCGAUGCUGUGUCCCUCCUGUGUCCUCUGCACUCUUGGACAACAGGAGAGGAAAUGGCCAAAGACAUUUUACAACACAGGGGUGUGGUGGACGGCCGUCGAGGCUGGUCUGUGCUGCUGAAGGAGCCGGCUCAGUGGGUAGAGCUGGAGGGAUCAGACUAUGUUCUGGAUCUGAUGUCGGACCUGGAGCUUCCCACAGACUUCCCUAAACACAGCAGCUACUUCAUCAUCUCUGCACAGGAACCGUCCAGAGUGCGGCCCAAUGCCAGCAUAAGCCUGCUGGGUGGUGGAUUUGACAUAAAUGGUGAUGUCAUGUCUUCAGCUUUUCCCGGCUCGGAUGGACGAGGUAGACCUUGAAGCGCUCUCCCCUCCUCUUCUGUCACAGACUUUGAGCCUCAGAGAGGGAUGGAUCGUUAUCUUGACAGCCUGUUUGACCCGGUACUGUCUGACGGCGCUGCAGAAUUGGAAUCAGCUGCAGGACUGUCCAGCAGGAUGAAGGGAGCGGGGGGAGUCGGAGGGGGGUGGCAACAGCAAGGACAGUCGACGGGACAUCAACCUCCACCCGGUGCUGUGAGAGUCCUUCCUGUGGGAGGUGUGAUGUCGCCUCCUGUUGCCGCUGUGGCACCUGUAACACCUGAUGCCCAGCAGGCUGUUUUAGCCCAGCAGCAGCAGGCGAUUGUGAACCAGCAGGCCGUCAUCAUGGCCCAGCAGAUGACCAUGCAGGCCAUGGCCAUCGUCAGCAGCCCAGUCACAAGUCCACCCACUUCCCCAAUCACAAGCCCACCAAUGAGUCCUCUGCUCCAUCACCCUCCCAGCCCGUACGCCCCAGCCUAUGCUGUCAUACCCCCAAGUCCAUACGCUAACAUCCCACCCAGCCCCUAUGCUAACUUCAGUCCCACUCCUUACUCUGACGCAAACAUCCUGCCCAGGCCCUAUCCUCCAACCACUCAACAGGAACAAGCCACUGAGCCCCGGACUCACCCUGCAGCUCAGCCUCAGGCCUCCCACCCUAACCCCAACCCCAACCCUCAGCCCGGCCCCUUCAAAACCAACAAAACUGAGGCAGCAGGGCCUAAAGCCAACGUUGCUGCACAGGUUCAGUCAGAUAAGGACAGUGUCCCUCGGAGGAAAGCUCCCGGGGUCCCCAUGAACAAGGAUAAACCAGCCAGAAAGUUUGCCCCAGUGGUGAUGUCUCCUCCACCCCCUGCUGGAGAAGUGGUGAAGUACUCACCUCAGACUUCAGAUCACAUCGUCCCCAGCCAAGACAUCCAAGACAUCAUCAAAAGGUACAACUCCCCUCCUCCGCCUCCAGACGUGCUGCCACCUGGCAAGAGGAGACCAGAGGGAAAGUUUCAGAAGAAGCAAACUGCUCGGGACGAAGCGUUACAAAUCCUCAAACCCCAGAUGGACCACCCUCCUGCUCCCCAGCCCAAAUGUCCUGUUCCCCCCUCCCGGUCUGCGUCUGCAAUGAAAGAAGCGGGAUUUAAACCCACCAAGAGCACAAGGACAAGAGCGCCUGAUCGCCCUCUUCCAAAGCCUCCUCCAGUGUCUCGAGAGCUUCCUGUAGAGGCAGAGAGCAUCCUUACACAGCUUCAUCAGAGCUCCAAUAAAGAGCACUACACCUACACUAAUGUUCCCUGGAGACUCUACCUCAGGAAGGAGGUUUUUUAUCCCAAAGACAGUUUCAACAAUCCUCUGGUGCUAGAUCUCAUUUUCAAACAGAUAGUGAACGACACUUUGUCGGAGGCGUGUGUUCGCAUCACCCGGGAUGAAAGGCAGAAAAUGAAAGCUCUGUUCGCUAAACACGGGGUAGAGCAGAACAUGGAUCCAGUGGAGGAGCAUGUAAAGAAAAGAGUUGUCACAGCAGCAAGGGAAACAUGGGAAAUAUACUUCUCCCGUCUGUUCCCUGCAUCGGGUAGUGUAGGAACAGGUGUGCAGGUGUUGUCAGUGUCCCACAGUGGUAUUAAGCUGCUGAAGACGGUAAAAAGCAGCGCUGCAGCCCCGGACUACUUCAGAGUGCUCCGACCCUACACCUAUGCAGACAUCCUGUUUGUCACCAUCCCCUCUGAGAACAUGCUGGAGUUCAAUCUGACCAACGAGAAACUCAUCCUGUUCUCAGCAAAGGCAACGCAGGUCAAAUAUCUCAUAGACACCUUCAUCAAUGAGAUUAAAAAGGACUCAGACUAUGUGAUUGCAGAGCGAAACUUUGUGACAGACGACAGGUCGAUGCUCAAUUUUCACAAAGGUGACAUCAUUAGGCUGCAGGUUAUGGAUGGGCUAGAGAAAGGCUACAGUUACGGCUGUGUGGUGAGAAAAAAGGUUGUGUUUUUGGAGGAUCUGAAGAGGGACACUCAGGACUUUGGUUGGAAGUUUGGUGCUGUGUUUAGCCGCUCUGGGGCUUUCCCGACUGAAUGCGUACAUCCCAUCGCUGCUCCUGACUUCCUGUCGCUGCCACUCGACCGCAAGGCCGAGCCCCGAGGAGGAGCUGGACAAUUUGCUGUGUCAUCAGCUGUUGCUGUUGCCGUGGCAUCCACCAUGGCUGCACAUGAGAUAGAUCAAACAAUAGAGAGGGUUUCCCUCGACGGCUUCGCUGAUGGAGAUCUGGAUGAGAGGGUACUGCAGGACAGUAAAUAUGACAUGUUGGAGUUUGCCAAGAAGUACUUCAGACAGCCAUCCAACAAGAAGGGAGAUUCCCUGAAGAAUAAAAGCAAGACCAGAGACUCCAGAGAGCCCACCGAGAUGAUCAAGUUCUCAAAGACUCCUCUGACUGAGUCUCUGAUAGAGUUUACAGAUGUAGCCAUGAGCAGAGUGUCAGCUGACCUAUGUCUGUCCGUGAUGCGUUUCAUGGGUGACUCUCCAUUAAGGGGAUCAACAGAACAGGAGGUGGUCAGCACUUUCCUGAAGCUCAUCAGAGAGUUCACCUUGAUGCGGGAUGAGGCUUACUGCCAGCUCCUCAGACAGCUUACUGCUAACACCAGCUCCAAACCCGAUAGCUGCCUUCGAGGAUGGAGGCUGCUGUACAUCCUGACCGCCUUCCAUCGCUGCUCUGAGGUCCUCAAACCCUUCCUGCUGAAAUACCUGCAGCAGGCUUCUCGCAGUGCUGGGGCUCAGUAUCAGGGCAUUGCUAAAGCAUGCGAACAGAACCUUAAGAAGACGUUCCGGUAUGGUGGCCGCCUUGUUCCACCCAACAGCAUGGAGCUGAAGGCAAUGCUGGCAGGACGGAGCUCAAAACGACAGCUGUUUCUCUUUCCAGGAGGCAUUGAACGUCAUGCCAAAAUCAAAACGUGCUCUGUCGCCCUGGAGGUGAUUGAGGAGCUGUGUUAUGAGAUGGGUUUACACAGACUGGAGGCCAUGGAAGAAUAUGCCAUAUUUCUAGUGACAAACAGAGGUCAGAAUGUGCGUCCUCUUAACAAACAUGAGUACAUCCUGGAUGUUGCGACAGAGGCCGAGGUCGUCGACACCAACUACAGCUUCUGGUUCAGAAGAGUCAUCUGGACUCAACCACUCAAGUUUGAUAAUGAGCUUUGUGUCGCCAUGCACUAUAACCAGAUCCUGCCAGACUACCGUAAAGGCCUGCUGAAUGUUCUUCCACAUGGGAAAGUGAGCGACCAGCAGUUCCAUCAAAUCUCCAAACUGGCAGCUCUGCAGCACAGAGCUAAAGACAUCAUCUUCAUCCCCAGCAUACACGAGUUAUCUGAGUAUAUCCCCGCACCUCUGUUCAAAAAGCAGCCACCCCAGCAGUGGGUUACCAUGGCUACACAGCACAUGCAGCAAGUGCAGACCCUGAACCCACAUCAGGCCAGAGCACAGUUUCUGGGGCUGGUCAGUGCGUUCCCCAUGUUCGGUUCCUCGUUCUUCUUCAUCCACAGCAGCAGCUCCACCACUUUCUACGCCCCCUGUAUUGUUGCUGUCAAUCAACAUGGUCUCCACUUCCUCCACAAAAAUACACACGAGCCUAUGGGAGUGGUCCCCCUAGUGGAGGUGCAGUCCAGCCGCACCCAGAGGCCCACUGCUGGAACCAGUUACCCAUAUGUAGACCUAACGGUGGGAGACAUGAGCACACAGCGGGUCAUUCAACUGCAGCUAGAGCAGGGCCUGGAGUUGUGUCGAGUCAUCGCCAUGCAGGUGGAAAACAUGAUAUCUGUGCGGGAGAAGAGGCUCACCCUGCCACCCAGUGAAAUCACCAUGCUUUAACACCUGCCUACACACUCAAAUACAUCAGACAAAUCCCUUAAAAUGUCCUACCUCUUCUUGUCUUCAGGUGUUUGUGUGUCACACAUAAACUCAAAUGUGAAUGUAAAGUCUACUCUUGAUGAUUAUACUUCUUCAUCGGAACAUGAGAAGACAUUAUAAUUUAAUGUUUAUUUCAGGUUGGCACUUACUGCUGUAGUUUUGAAUCAUUCAAAAUGUAAGAUUUGGUUUCUGCACAGGUGUAAAGAUGAGCUGCGAGUAAGCUUCAUAGGCCUGUGCCUUCAGGGUUAAAAGAGUAUAUUGAUAUGAAACAUGUUUCUAUUUUUUUUACUGAUACUUUUCUCUAUAAAAAUGUUUGUGUAACAUUUGUUAAUGCUUCAUUAUUUUGUAAAGAAUAUUUUGUCAAAAUAAAUUUUGCAAGCAAUUUUAA